AUGUUGUUGGAAACAAAACUAGUUUCCAAUGGAAUCAAAUACUCGACUCUUCCAACGGGUUAUGUCCGGCCGGCGCCGGAGCGGCCAAAACUGUCGGAGGUUACCGACUGUGAAAAAGUUCCGGUGAUUGAUUUGGGUUGUGAAGAUGAAACCCUUAUAAUCCGACAAAUAGGAGAUGCCUGUCGUGAUUAUGGUUUUUUUCAGGUGAUAAAUCAUGGAGUAUCAGAAGAAAUAAUGGAGAAAAUGCUGAUGGUGGCUGAUGAAUUUUUCACUUUACCAUUGGUGGAAAAAAUGAAAUUAUAUUCAGAAGACCCUUUUAAGACUGUGAUAAAUCAUGGAGUAUCAGAAGAAGUAAUGGAGAAAAUGCUGAUGGUGGCUGAUGAAUUUUUCACUUUACCAUUGGUGGAAAAAAUGAAAUUAUAUUCAGAAGACCCUUUUAAGACUCUGAGAUUGUCUACGAGUUCUAAUGUGAAGAAGGAGACUGUCCAUAACUGGAGAGAUUAUCUUAGACUCCAUUGUUAUCCUUUGGAGAAAUAUUCAUCCGAAUGGCCUUCAAAUCCCUCAACUUUCAAGGAAAUUGUAAGCAAAUAUUGUAUCCAAAUUCGAUACCUUGGGCUGAGAUUGCAGCAGGCCAUAUCAGAAAGUUUGUGCCUUGAAAAAGAUUGCAUAGAGAACAUUUUGGGCGAACCAGGACAACACAUGUCUAUUAACUACUAUCCACCAUGUCCAGAGCCCGAACUCACUUAUGGGCUUCCGGCCCAUGCAGACCCAAAUUCACUCACUAUUCUUCUUCAGGACACACAAGUUUCAGGCCUGCAAGUUCUCAAGGAUGGCAAAUGGCUUACAGUCAAACCCCUCCCAAAUGCUCUUGUUAUCAACAUUGGUGAUCAAUUACAGGCAGUGAGUAAUGGGAAAUACAAAAGUGUUUGGCAUAGAGCUGUAGUAAAUUCUGAUAAAGCAAGAAUUUCAGUAGCCUCAUUCCUGUGUCCAUCCAAUGAUGCUGUAAUCAAUGCACCAAAGGAACUCACCAAUGAUGGAUCUCCACCCAUUUAUAGAGACUAUACAUAUGCAGAGUAUUACAAGAAAUUCUGGGGCAGGAACCUGGAUCAAGAACACUGUUUGGAACUUUUCAAGAAUUAA